UACUCUAACCCUCAUAUUAUUCACAUUUAUCAUCUCACAAUGACAACACAACUCAUAACACCUUGUAACUUCUUUUUUUUUCCUUUUCAGUUUCCCAUUGGUAUAGAUUCUGAGAGGUUUAUACGAGCACUUGAAGUCCCUGAUGUCAUACAACACAUGAAGGAGUUGAAAGAAAGAUUUGCCGGCAGAAAGGUGAUGUUAGGUGUUGAUCGGCUAGAUAUUAUCAAAGGGAUUCCUCAAAAGAUUCUUGCAUUUGAAAAAUUCCUAGAGGAAAACGCAAGCUGGCGUGAUAAAGUGGUGCUAUUGCAAAUUGCAGUACCAACAAGAACAGAUGUCCCUGAAUAUCAAAAACUCACAAGCCAAGUUCAUGAGAUUGUGGGACGAAUUAAUGGUCGUUUUGGGACACUUACUGCAGCCCCAAUACACCACCUGGAUCGUUCUCUGGACUUUUAUGCUUUAUGUGCACUUUAUGCUGUCACAGAUGUUGCACUUGUUACAUCUUUGAGAGAUGGGAUGAACCUUGUCAGUUACGAGUUUGUUGCUUGCCAAGAAGCCAAGAAGGGCGUCCUCAUUCUCAGUGAAUUUGCAGGUGCUGCACAAUCUCUAGGUGCUGGAGCCAUUCUUGUGAAUCCUUGGAACAUUACAGAAGUUGCUGCCUCCAUUGGACAGGCGUUAAACAUGUCAUCUGAAGAAAGAGAGAAAAGACAUAGGCAUAACUUUCAUCAUGUUAAAACUCAUACCUCUCAAGAAUGGGCUGAAACUUUUGUGAGUGAACUAAAUGAUACUGUAAUAGAGGCUCAACUAAGAAUCAGCAAAGUCCCACCUGAGCUUCCACAGAAUGACGCGAUUCGACGAUAUUCAAAGUCAACCAACAGGCUACUGAUCCUGGGUUUCAAUGCAACAUUGACUGAACCAGUGGAUAAUCAAGGGAGAAGAGGAGAUCAGAUAAAGGAGAUGGAUCUUAAUCUACAUCCAGAGCUAAAAGGACCAUUAAAGGCAUUAUGCAGUGAUCCAAAUACAACCAUAGUUGUCCUGAGUGGAAGCAGCAGAAGCGUUUUGGACAAAGUAUGUAUCUCUUUUCUUACCCUUGUUUCCUUUCUUGGAACACAAGUUUCACUGACUGACUUGGUUUUUACUCAAAAUCAGAACUUUGGAGAGUGUGAUAUGUGGUUAGCCGCAGAGAAUGGGAUGUUCCUAAGGCUUACAAAUGGAGAGUGGAUGACUACAAUGCCAGAACACUUGAACAUGGAAUGGGUUGAUAGUGUAAAGCAUGUUUUCAAGUACUUCACUGAGAGAACACCAAGGUCACACUUUGAAACACGUGAUACUUCGCUUAUAUGGAACUACAAAUAUGCAGAUAUUGAGUUCGGGAGACUUCAAGCAAGAGACCUGUUACAACACUUAUGGACAGGUCCUAUUUCUAACGCAUCAGUUGAUGUUGUCCAAGGAAGCCGCUCUGUGGAAGUUCGUGCUGUAGGUGUGACCAAGGGAGCUGCAAUUGAUCGCAUUCUAGGAGAGAUAGUGCAUAGCAAGUCCAUGACCACACCCAUUGAUUAUGUCCUGUGCAUUGGUCAUUUCUUGGGGAAGGACGAAGAUGUGUACACAUUCUUUGAACCAGAACUCCCAUCAGACAUCAUCCCAGCCAUUGCACGGCCCAGACCAUCAUCUGAUAGUGGUACCAAAUCAUCACCAGGAGACAGAAAACCACCUUCAAAGUCCACACACAGCAAAAAACACGGUUCAAAAUCUUCAUCCUCAUCUAACUCUUACAACAACAACAAGGCUUCACAGAGACUUUCACCAGAGAAGAUCUCAUGGAACGUGCUUGAACACAAAGGAGAGAACUACUUCUCUUGUGCAGUGGGUCGUACCCGCACCAGUGCUAGAUAUCUCCUUGGCUCACCUGAUGAUGUUGUUUGCUUCCUAGAGAAGCUCGCUGACACGACGGUUCCUAACUCAUCGUCUUCAUCUUAGAAUCUGAGAACGUGUGAAAUGAGAGUUCUUGUAACUCAAUAAGUCAUUGUUUGGUAACAAUAAGUAACCAUUAACCAGAUUGCUUUAGUGGU